AUGUCGAAACGACAGAUGAAAAACAAGAAUGAACAACGAUUUAUUGACACAUGUAUAAGAAGAUUAGAGAAAAAUCGACGACAAUCCGUUGAUAAUAAUGACAGGCCUCAUGAAUGGUAUGAUUUUUAUUCACGUACAGAUGAAGUACUUGUACCAUCAAAAUGGAUUAGUCGUUUAGAUGAAGCUAAUGCAGUGAAUAAUCAUUUUCAAUAUCUACGUGAAAAAAUUGAACAAGAUUUUCCGAAAGAACCUACGAAAAUUGAUCAUGAAGCAUUAUAUUAUUCAUCAGCUUUACAUAAAAUGCGACAAAAUGCAUUUCAUAAACGUCUUAAUGAACAUCAAAUACGAUGGCAACCUAUCAUGUUAAUUGGUGAACUUGCAUCAUCAUUGCCGAAACCUACAACAGAUCCAAUUGAAAUUGAAAAACGAUUGUAUAUGUCUUUAUUAAAUAAAAAAUAA